UAACAUGCUCUUCAAAAAGAAGAAUUUUACCGGAUUUUCGGACACGAAAGCUGACUCGUGGACAUUUAUCAAUCAGCCUUAAGUACCUCACUUACGUUGAAAUAGACGAUCCAAGUAUAUAUAUUACGUAUUUUGUUGUCGUUUGUGACGAUGUCGUCCUCGACGCGCAAACGAAAUGUGGAAAGAACAGGUGAAACUGUCGCACCCACUGUGUCCGAAACAAUAGGCAAAGCGUUUACAUCAAAGGCAAAAUGGACUGACAAGGAUGAGUUCCUGGACGUUAUCUACUGGUUGCGACAGAUCCUCGGUGUUCUGCUGGGAGUUGUCUGGGGUUUGCUGCCCUUGAAGGGCAUUCUGGGACUGGCAUUAUUUUUUGCAGUUAACGUCCUCAUCACCUACAUAUACUUCACCAGUUUCCAAAAAGUAGACGAAGAGGAAUAUGGGGGCAUCUCAGAAAUUCUAAAAGAAGGACUAAUGACAUCAUUCUCAUCCUUUGUGGUGAUGUGGAUCUUAUUGUAUUCGUGGCUUCACACAGAGACUUAGCAGAAUCUCAUCAACCGUACAGGAAGAACAUCUGAGUCAUCAGAUUAAAUGAGUCAACACUUUCUAAGAUAAUGUAUUUAUAUUAUUGUGUUCAUAUUUUUAAUUUGAAGUUCUCUUUAAAAAAAUUCAACACGCUAUUAUCAUAUUUUUUAUUUAAAUUAAAUAUAUGCACAAAUGUCAGUUAUAUUCAGGUUGACGGCAUUUUCAGCCCAUUAGAAAAAGUAUUUUCCAUUUAGAAAUAUUUGAUAAUAAUUAUACUUUUAAUAGUCAUGUUCAUUUUUAAAGGAAACAGACCAAAUUUUUCUGUUAAAAUAUAAGUUACUAGAAAUAUACUUGUUAGUUGCAUUGUCAAUUUUCAACACCAUCUUGUUCAAACAUUUGCAUACAUGUGAGUGUAAUGUUUCCAUUUUUGUGUGUGGGCACUAUAUUUGCUGAUGCUCAUUUUGAAUAAGUGUACACCUAUUGACAAGUCUUAUUAAAUAUAAAUUCAUAGCACAGUCUGCUUAGGCAAGCUAGGAUGAAAGGAUACAAUAAGAUUUUGUAACGAAAAUAUUGGUACUGCGUAUUUGCUAUGUAUUGCAUACAUCUUCCCACCUAACUGUUGUAACCGGAGUUUAAAUUAUACACAUGUACACAAUAUAAUCAGCUGUGCAAUUAAAAUUAAAAUGUCAAUGUUAAUAACUUUUUAUGUUGUUCUUGUAAAUGAAUAUGUGUUUUAUAGCGAAAAAAUAUUAUUGCAAUUAACCAAUUGUGUAAA